AGUAAGGACCAACAUUGCAAUUUUCCACAAAUAUUUAGCAUGGGCCUCCGCCGCAAGGGAACGUUUGCAUUUCCAGUGUCUGUAUGUCGAGCUCAGAGCAGCCGAAGAGAGAAGUUAUGUUCCAAUCGACGAGUAGUAGUGGCUACAGCAAUGGCUAUCACCACGGUGGUGGUAGUGGUAAUGGUAGUGGCGGCACUCAUGUUGCCGCGCAUCGGCUCAGGAGGGGUUGCAGCAGCAGGUCACGAGACUAUGGCAGUGGAUCAAAUCUUAGGGUUUCAAAUAGGAUGGUGCAACAGCAAAAGGAGGAGGACGAGGACACGGCUACAGAUGGGGCUUCCAAUUCUUGUACGGGCUUUGACAUGGCAUACUUCCACUCCUACGCCCACCUCGGCGUUCACGAAGAAAUGAUCAAGGAUCGUCCACGUACAGAAAGUUACAGGAAUGCAAUUUUCCAGCAUCAAGAUCGUAUUGCGGGAAAAGUUGUAGUUGAUGUUGGUUGUGGCACAGGCAUUCUUUCAAUAUUUUGUGCUCAUGCUGGUGCAAAACGUGUGUAUGCAGUGGAUGCCAGUAAUAUUGCCGUUCAGGCAAAUGAAGUUGUAAAGGCAAACAACUUAUCUGAUACAGUCAUUGUUUUGCAUGGGCGUGUUGAGGAUGUUGAAAUUGAUGAAGAAGUUGAUGUUAUAGUUUCAGAAUGGAUGGGUUACAUGCUUCUUUAUGAGAGUAUGCUGGGGAGUGUCAUUACUGCCCGAGACCGUUGGUUGAAACCUGGGGGCCUUAUUCUUCCGUCAACUGCUACGCUGUACCUGGCACUUGUCACCCAUCCAGAUCGAUAUAGUGAAAGUAUUGACUUCUGGCGCAAUGUAUAUGGAAUUGAUAUGUCUGCCAUGCUGCCAUUAGCGAAACAAUGUGCAUUUGAAGAGCCUUCCAUUGAAACAAUCACUGGUGAAAAUGUUUUGUCGUGGCCUCAUGUGGUUAAACACGUGGACUGUUAUACAGUUACCCUUCACGAGCUAGAGUCUGUUUCCUCUAGAUUCAAGUUUAAAUCAAUGAUGCGAGCACCAUUUCAUGGGUUCGCUUUCUGGUUUGAUGUGGAUUUUGGUAUACCUGUGAUAUACCCUCCUUCCGAUAACAAUACAAGAACUGCGUUUGUCGAAUCUCCUGAUAAUCACAAUGCAGAUGGUAAUCAAAGAAAGAAGCGGGCCAUUCCCAAUGAAGCCCUUGUAUUGUCUACAGCACCUGAGGAUCCUUCAACUCAUUGGCAACAGGCACUGGACCAGUGUACGGAUCGUCAGAGACGGUUCACUACAUAGCAGUUCCUGUUAAACACCUAAACAAGCUAUAGCUCAAAGCCAUUAACGCAAUUGACUCUACUGUUUUGUCAGACCUACUUGCUCUAACAGAUCUUGAAGCUGGCAGCCUAAUUGGUUGUAAAAGUGUUUUGGAAACUUAAGGUAGUAAAGAAACUAUGAAACAUUUAAGCAAGUGGUAUCUUGUGGUAAAAGGUAGACUGGAAUCUUGGAUAUGUAAUUGAAGAUUACAACAUCCACACUAGCAAAUGUAUCUAGUUAAGCCUUAUUCUGAAUAAACACGUGUCAACUACUUUAUUUUUUCUAUUCUAUUUAAAUCCUUCCUUAUUUAAUUUAAAGGUUAACAUUCAGACGAGUAAUUUUUUCAAUAAGUUACAACUUUCACUCGUCAGGCUUUACAUAGUAGUUGAAUUGCACAUUUGUCUUCUUUGUCGCCUGUACUUGAAAUUGUAUUGAAGCCUUUUGAUGUGACAAAUGAAUGUGGAUAUUGGAUUCCCUGGGUAUCUUUUUCUUGUAAAUCAUAUUUCCAUGCUUUAAUUGUUUUGUCUAAUCCCCUAUAUUCUAUCCUUCCAAUUCUAUUUCGAAAUAUUCCAUCCCUUACAGAAUUAAGGGGUUCCCUUGAUGGUUUGUCAGAGAAAUUAAUACUUGUGAUAUGGUCCAAGGGUGAUAUCCUUACUUUUUUAACUCAGAAUGCAAUGAACAUUUGUUUUCACUUGGUGAUAUUGCAAGAUUGGCGUGGUCCUGGUUUCUUUGGGAAUCUGGUUUUAAUUAGGUUUUCUCAAGUAGGUGUAAUGAAUUACAUUUGCUGCUGAAGAGUUGACGGCUGUCUAUAUCUUCAUCCUUGUUGAUUUCCUCAUAUUUUUGGCUGUCUCUCGCUCUUAAGAAAAGUUUUUGCGUAAUCUUUGUUCAUUCCUUUUUCUUUCCAUGGAUUUUGCAGACACUGAUCUACUUCUAUGAUCCAAUAGAGGUGGAGCAAGAUCAAGUUAUUGAAGGUUCUGUAACAUUGUCACAAAGCAAAGAAAAUCCUCGGUUCAUGAAUAUUC